CUCCGGGGUCCUCGAGCGCUCGGGCUGCGCGCGGAGCGGGCUCGGGAGGGAAGUCCCGAGACAAAGGGAGCGCCGCUGCCGCCUCGUCCGCCUCGCUCGUCGGGCCGCGGCCGCCCGAGGGACGCAAACAUGUCGGGGAUCGCCCUCAGCAGACUCGCCCAGGAGAGGAAAGCUUGGAGAAAAGACCACCCGUUUGGUUUUGUGGCCGUCCCAACAAAAAAUCCCGACGGCACGAUGAACCUCAUGAACUGGGAGUGCGCCAUUCCCGGGAAGAAGGGGACUCCGUGGGAAGGAGGCUUGUUUAAACUACGGAUGCUGUUCAAAGAUGAUUAUCCAUCCUCACCUCCGAAAUGCAAGUUUGAACCACCGUUAUUUCAUCCAAACGUGUAUCCCUCGGGCACAGUUUGCCUGUCCAUCCUGGAGGAGGACAAGGACUGGAGGCCAGCCAUCACAAUUAAGCAGAUCUUAUUAGGAAUACAGGAACUUCUAAAUGAACCAAAUAUCCAAGACCCAGCUCAAGCAGAGGCCUACACGAUCUACUGGUUAGUAGCAAUCCAG